GUUCAUUCCUUGUUUUGCUCAUUUGGUGCUGGAGUACGGAUCAAACCCACUUGGGCUACUAAGCCCCUCUGUCUAGACCAGAGAGGCCCCGCCUUCAGCAUGAAGGCACCGCCCCUCAGGAGGUCCUCUCCAGUCCGGCCCCGCCCACGUGAGCCUGCGCGUUAGGUAGCGCAGUCGGAAGCCGGGAGCAGGCACAGCCUAAGGCCCUCGUUACACCGCGGACCUGGCUUUAGCGUGCACCUGGAGUUGGGGCGCUCGGGUUGUGAGAUGGCGACGGCAGCCGAGUCCGGGGCCCGGACCUGGCCGGGCAGUGGUUCCCCACGUCUCGGCAGCCCGGCCGGCAGCCCUGUGCUGGGCAUCUCGGGCCGCGCACGCCCGGGGUCAGGGCCGGAGCGGACUGGCAGAGCUAUCGGCUCCGUAGCACCCGGCCACAGCUUUCGCAAGGUGACACUCACCAAGCCUACCUUCUGCCACCUCUGCUCGGACUUCAUCUGGGGAUUGGCCGGCUUCCUGUGCGAUGUCUGCAACUUCAUGUCCCAUGAGAAGUGCCUAAAGCAGGUGAAGACCCCGUGCACAAGCAUUGCGCCAAGCCUCGUCCGGGUCCCUGUAGCCCACUGCUUUGGUUCCCUUGGUCUCUACAAGCGCAAGUUCUGUGUGGUCUGCCGCAAGAGCCUGGAGGUACCUGCGUUCCGCUGUGAAGUGUGUGAGCUGCACGUUCACCCCGACUGUGUGCCCUUCGCCUGCAGCGACUGUCGUCAGUGUCACCAGGAUGGACAGCACGAUUAUGACACGUAUCACCACCACUGGAGGGAGGGGAAUCUGCCUUCUGGUGCUCGAUGUGAGGUCUGUAGGAAGACUUGUGGCUCCUCGGAUGUGCUGGCUGGUGUACGCUGCGAGUGGUGUGGUGUACAGGCUCACUCCGUGUGCUCCACAGCACUCACCCCUGAGUGUACAUUUGGACGUCUACGCUCCAUGGUACUGCCUCCUUCGUGUGUGCGCCUGUUGUCCCGAAACUUCAGCAAGAUGCACUGCUUCCGAAUCCCCGAGACCAUGGUCCUGGAGCUCGGUGAUGGGGAUGAUGGCCUAGAUGGGAGUGCUGCAGUCGGCACAGGCAGAGAGGUAUCGGCAGCUACAGAAUCUACCAAACAGACCCUGAAGAUCUUUGAUGGCAACGACUCCAUGAGGAAAAAUCAGUUUCGCCUGGUUACAGUUUCCCGCCUAGCUCGGAAUGAGGAAGUGAUGGAGGCAGCACUCCGGGCCUACUAUAUCAACGAGGACCCUAAGGACUUCCAGCUGCAGGCACUGCCCCUAACGUUACUGUCUGGCAAUGCCCAGGCUCUGGGGAAGGCCGGGACCACUGAGGAGGAGACAAGUAAAGACUCCGGGCCCGGGGAUUCCGUGCCUGAGGCCUGGGUCAUCAGGUCUCUGCCUCGUACCCAAGAGAUCCUGAAGAUCUACCCUGACUGGCUCAAGGUAGGUGUGGCCUACGUGUCCAUCCGUGUGAACUCCCAGAGUACAGCACGGUCUGUGGUUCAAGAGGUUCUCCCACUGUUUGGACGACAGGUUGAGGAUCAGGAGAGAUUCCAGCUGAUUGAGGUGCUUAUGAGCAGCAGACAAGUCCAACGGACGGUGCUGGUGGAUGAAGAACCUCUGCUAGAUCGACUCCGGGACAUCCGACAGACAUCUGUGCGCCAGGCGAGCCAGACGCGGUUCUAUGUGGCCGAGGCCAGGGCCGUGACCCCACAUGUCUCCCUGUUUGUGGGUGGCCUGCCACCUGGCUUGUCCCCUCAGGAUUACAGCAACCUGCUGCAUGAGGCCAUGGCCACCAAAGCUGCUGUGGUGUCUGUGAGUCACGUCUACUCCUUACAAGGUGCGGUAGUUCUGGAUGUCACCUGCUUCGCGGAGGCUGAGCGGCUAUACAUGCUGGCCAGGGACACAGCAGUGCAUGGCCGGCCACUGACUGCACUAGUGCUUCCAGAUGUGCUGAACCUGGCAAUGUCUGGGAAGAGGUGCACAGAGGGCUGCAGAGGACAGAGAAUUUCAUAUGAGGAUUGCCAGAAGGAUUUAUGCCUGGGUUCCACAAAGUCCCCACAGCACACGAAGCUGCCUCCUGACUGCUGCCCUCUCCUCGUGUUUGUGAACCCCAAGAGUGGGGGCCUCAAGGGACGAGAACUGCUCUGCAGUUUCCGGAAGCUGCUGAAUCCACACCAGGUCUUUGAGCUCACCAACGGGGGCCCUCUUCCUGGGUUCCACCUUUUCUCCCAGGUGCCCUGCUUUCGGGUACUGGUCUGUGGUGGAGAUGGCACCGUGGGCUGGGUGCUCGCUGCCCUGGAGGAGACAAGGCGCCAUCUGGCCUGCCCAGAGCCAUCUGUGGCCAUCCUACCCCUGGGGAAUGACCUUGGCCGGGUCCUCCGUUGGGGAGCAGGCUAUAGUGGUGAGGACCCAUUUUCUGUGCUGGUGUCUGUGGAUGAGGCUGAUGCUGUGCUCAUGGAUCGAUGGACAAUCCUGCUGGACGCUCAUGAAAUUGAUAGUACAGAGAACAAUGUGGUAGAAACAGAGCCCCCCAAGAUUGUUCAGAUGAAUAACUACUGUGGCAUUGGCAUUGAUGCGGAGCUCAGCCUAGACUUCCACCAGGCACGUGAAGAGGAGCCUGGCAAAUUCACAAGCAGGUUCCACAACAAGGGCGUGUAUGUGCGGGUUGGGCUGCAGAAGAUCAGCCACUCUCGAAGCCUGCACAAGGAGAUCCGUCUGCAGGUGGAGCAGCAGGAAGUGGAGCUGCCCAGCAUUGAGGGUCUUAUCUUCAUUAACAUCCCCAGCUGGGGCUCAGGGGCUGACCUGUGGGGCUCUGACAGUGACUCAAGGUUUGAGAAGCCACGCAUAGACGACGGGCUGUUGGAGGUGGUGGGUGUGACAGGUGUCGUGCACAUGGGCCAGGUACAAGGUGGGCUGCGCUCUGGAAUCCGAAUCGCCCAGGGCUCCUACUUCCGUGUCACACUCCUCAAGGCUACUCCAGUGCAGGUGGACGGUGAGCCCUGGAUUCAGGCCCCAGGUCACAUGAUCAUCUCUGCUACUGCACCUAAGGUUCACAUGCUGAGGAAAGCUAAGCAGAAGCCCAGGAAGGCUGGCGCCAUCAGGGAUACCCGAGUGGACACCUUGCCUGCUCCUGAGGGCAAUCCUUUAUAGAGGAGCCAAGAUGAAAGGUCUCAGCCACCCAGCCUUUCUCAUCUUUGGUUGGUCACACGCUGGCUGGCCAACAGAUGGACUUAGCUGUAGCACUGACCAUAGAAUCUCCAUGGGUCUUGGGAUGUUUCGAUCCCUCAUCCUUAUCCAGUAUCACGUGCAAACUUAGGAGAGGGUAGGUAAUGGUCACUACUCACUCCGCCUUAGUACCAAGGUAUUGACUGGGCACAAGGCUCUGGAAAGCUUGUAUUCUGCACAAGACUGAUUCUCACAGGAUGAGCGAAGCUGGUCCUUCCUGUUAGCCACAUUCCUUCCCUCCUUUGAAACCUCUCUUAAGAACUCUCUUGGACCUAAUACAUCUGGAUGCAGGCCAUCCAGGUGGGUCCUCUGAUUUCACUUUAUGUUCUUUCAAAACAGCUAACCAUGUUGGGCCCUGGCCUCCAUGCUGCCUGUUCUCCUGUACUGAUUAGAUGGAUGUGGCAUCCUCAAGUCCCCUGGGCUUAUCACUAGACAGCAAUUUGGGCUGAAGAUAGUUACAAGGUCUCAUCCAGCUGGCAGCCAUGAACUGACCAAGUUGUACUUAGGGAUGGGAAUCUUUGUCUACCCUGAGGGUAGGUGAGUUUAGCUAUCACGCAUGUGUCACACACAGCUGGAGUGUGUGCUAGGCCGUGUGUCCCUCCUUGACCACUGAGUGGGCACCUAGUGCCCAGAAAGGAUCAGAACAGGCCGGGUGGUACCUGGCUGAGGAGUGUGUAAAUAACUCCUGCUGUGGAGCAGCUAGAACUCCCUUAGACUCGACUUACAGCACUUUAUAGACAUGGUAUUUGCCUGCCUACAGCCCUUCCUUGUAGAUGUAGAGCUUCUACUCUGGCUCCUAAACAAAUGGAAGCAGCUCUGAUGGCCAGGCCUUGCUGGAGACACUGGGUUCACAGAAUGAGACAAAUGCUGUCUCUUCCAUGCACCCAAGAAUUCAUUGUCACACCUCAGACCCUAGGAAGAAUCUGCCCAGAAAUGAGCUGUCUAGGUAAGCCUGGUACAUGCCAAUAAUGGGCUAAAGCAUAACUGUGUCAUAGAGCUAAAUAAAGCCCCUGUCAGAAAGUGAACACGUUAAAGACAUUGAAAGCUCUAGCCUCAGCCCUGGAUAGGGGGAGACUCACAUGGAAAGUCUCCUGUGAUGCUUACCUCCCACCCCCAAAAGUAUGUCUAGAGCCUUUUCCAGUUUGUCAUUACUCAGCUUGUGGACACCUUCAGAAGUGUGACACUGGGGUGGUGUGGACCAGGGUGUCUACCUGCCUGGCAGCUUCAUAGGACCAUUGUGCCACCCGCUCACCUGCUUCUGCCAAAACUGCAUACAAGUACAUCAGAUAGCCAUUUGUGAUCUCAGUGUGGAUGAUCAUGUUUACACCAUUUUCAAUGUUCAAAAGAAAUUCGUUGUGAUGUAGUUUUUCCUUUUUAUUUCAAUCUGUAGAACUGUGUGUAAAUUAUGGUCAGUGUAGCAUGUCCUCUGUAUUUAAGUGAGACUGUCCUCUUGUGGAGUGUGUCCUGUCUACUGGUCCUGUCUUUGUCUGUAAAUUUAUCACUACCUGAAUGUGAUCUAAUUUAUAUCUGGGCCAAAUAUAGUGUGGGCUUUGCUGUCC